CACAAGCAUCAAAACCAAGCAACACUAGUUAAUACCAAUACACCAUGAAGACCUUCCUCAUCUUUGCACUCCUCGCCAUUGUGGCAACAAGUACCAUUGCGCAGCAACAACCAUACCCACAACAACCACAACCAUUUCCACAACAACCCAUCCCACAACAACCACAACCAUACCCACAACAACCACAACCAUUUCUACAACAGCCGAGACCACAACAACCACAACCAUACCCACAACAACCACAACCAUUUUCACAACAGCCCAUCCCAAAACAACCACAACCAUACCCACAACAACCACAACCAUUUCCACAACAACCCAUCCCACAACAACCACAACCAUACCCACAACAACCACAACCAUUUCCGCAACAACCACCAUUUUGGCAACAACAACCAAUUCUAUCGAAGCAACAACCAUGUACACCACAACAACCACCACUCCCACAAGGACAACAAGAUCAAAUGCUUGUGCAAGUACAAAUACCAUUUGUUCAUCCAUCUAUUUUGCAGCAGCUAAACCCAUGCAAGGUAUUCCUCCAGCAGCAGUGCAGCCCUGUGGCAAUGCCACAACGUAUUGCAAGGUCGCAAAUGUUGCAGCAGAGCAGUUGCCAUGUGUUGCAGCAACAAUGUUGCCAACAACUGCCGCAAAUCCCCGAACAAUUCCGCCAUGAGGCAGUCCGUGCAAUCGUCUACUCUAUCAUCCUGCAAGAACAACCCCAACAAUUGGUCCAAGGUGUCUCCCAACCCCAACAACAGUCGCAGCUACAGCAAGUCGGACAAUGUUCUUUCCAACAACCUCAACCACAACAGGGUAAACAACAGCAAGUGCCACAGAGUGUUUUCUUGCAGCCACACCAGCUAGCUCAGCUUGAGGCGACGGCUUCCAUUGCGCUGCGUACCCUACCAAUGAUGUGCAGUGUUAAUCUGCCGUUGUACCGCAUACUUCCAUUCGGCAUUGACACGAGAGUUGGUGUCUAAUGAUAAGAAAACGUCUCUAUAAAUAUAUAGUUGAAUCACCGUUGUUUAAUCGAGGUAUAUGUCGAUGUAGAGGUGACAAAUAAAGUGUGACACAACCUUAUGUGUGACCGACCCAGACUUGAUGUUUAAAUUCUGGAAUAAAAUAUAAAUAAAGUUUUAACUAGACAAUAUUCA